AUGUCUUUCAAUAGCAACUUGAUAUGUUUCAAGCAUUGUUGUCCUUCUUCGAUAUUUUGUAAAAAAGUUCCUGAAAAAUGUCCUAUUUGCAAAGAAUUUUUAAUGACAUUUUCAAUGGAUCCAUUUGUACUACCAUAUCCUCUGGUUAAAGCUAAAGAUUACCCCUGUUGCAUCGUAGUCAGGCCAUCAAAUGGGGAUUUUCUCAAUAACUAUAGUAUUCAUGAUGAUCUGCAUAUUGGACUCACAAACUCUGAUGGAAAUGUUGUAGAAUAUGAUAAAUGUGGCUUGGUGAAAAAUGAUAAUGAAAAGUGGAAAUGUUGUGCUGCAAUUUCAUUGAUUCCUGAAUCUUGGGAGACAUAUUGGAAUGAUAUUUUAGAAAAUAUGUGCAGUGAUCUUGAAUGGAAUCCUAUGAAUUAUGAUCCCGCUAACUUUAACUGUUUCAAUUUUGUAAUUUCAUUCUUAAAAAAUCUGAAAUACAAAGACAUUCAAUUCAUGAAUAAAGAAGACAUGUGCAAAGUGUUCAUUUUACCAAAAAUACAAAAUAUUCUGAAAUAUGCUUUGCUUCAUAAGCAAUUAAAAGAUCAAGAUUUUCUUAUUCAAGAGUAA